AUGAACAUGACGACGGCGGAACCGGUGAAGCUCAUCGGCGCAUUCGGCAGCCCGUUCGUGCACCGCGCAGAGGUGGCCCUGCGCCUCAAGGGCGUUCCCUACGAGCUCAUCCUGGAGGACAUGAGCAGCAAGAGCGACCUCCUGCUCGCCAACAACCCCGUGCACAAGAAGGUCCCCGUGCUCCUCCACGGCGACCGAGCAGUCUGCGAGUCGCUCGUCAUCGUCGAGUACAUCGACGAGGCCUUCGACGGGCCGCCCCUGCUGCCGGUCGACCCCUACGACCGCGCCAUGGCGCGCUUCUGGGCGCACUUCAUCGAGAACAAGUUCUUCCAGCCGUUCUGGCUGGCAUACUGGUCGGAGGGCGAGGCGCAGAAGGCUGUGGUGAAGGAGACCAAGGAGAACCUGGCGCUCCUGGAAGCGCAGCUCAACGGGAAGAAGUUCUUUGGUGGCGACACACCGGGCUACCUCGACAUUGCUGCGUGUGUGUUAGGUCCUUGGAUCGGCGUGCUUGAGGAGGUGACUGGAGUGACCUUGGUGAACGGCAACGAGUUCCCCGCUCUAUGCCAGUGGGCCAAGGAGUACAGUUCCAGUGAAGCUCUCGAGCCUUGCCACCCGGACAGGGACCGACUCGUCGCCUACUUCACUGAGAACAAGGAGAAGUACAAAAUGAUGGCCAAGACAAUGUUGCAGCAGUAG